AUGGAGAAAGAUGUGGUGGGGUAUAGAUUUCAACCAACGGAAGUGGAACUGAUAAACCAUUACCUGAAGAACAAGAAUCUUGGUAACUCAUCAUGGCUAGUCGACAAUGGGAUUAAAGAAAUCAACAUAUGUAGUUACGAACCAAUGUUUCUGCCUUCGUUAUCGAAGAUCGAAUCGAAGGAUCUUGCAUGGUACUUCUUCUCUCCGAAGGUGUACACGUCCGCGAAGAAGACGGACAUGAAGAGGACUACACGGUUUGGGUAUUGGAAAGUGACCGGUAAAGAUCGAAAAAUCAAGGAUAAGAGAGUGAAUGGUGUUGAGAUCGGGAUUAUGAAGCCACUUGCGUACCAUCAUGGUAGGUCUCCUAAUGGAGUUCGGACUCCUUGGGCUAUCAACGAGUAUCACAUCACUUGCUUGCCUAAUGAUCAGAACAAUUACGUUAUCUGCCUAGUAACAUAUAAUGGUGAAGACAGAAACUUGAGUGAGCCAAGUCACUCUUUGGCCUGUGAUUUGAACACUGUGGUUGAGCAGCAAGGUGGACUAGUUUUAUCUGAUUUGACAAAGUCGAUGGACAACGACAACUACGCUAACGUGCAGCAACAAGCUCCUUACUCAGCACAAGGCGACGAUGAUUUUUUGAGUGGAUUGAAACAUGUUAACCGCGGGCACGUCGAACAUUUGUUUUCCGAUCAAGAGAAUGUCUCUCCGUGUGAGGGAUUUAAUGCAAACAACUUUUUGUCAUUCGACAGCUACAACAACGGAUGGAAAAUUAAAUAUGAUGAGUUUUCGAGUGGACUGGUGGGUUCUAGCGGAGGGAAUGAUGAUGAAGAUGUGUUCCUUAAGCCAGAAGUCAAAGUGCAAGCCAACCACAACGAUCACAGGCCAAAUACAUCUUUGUCAGUGUUCAUUGUUGAUCGUAGCUGUGAUAGUAAUCGCGAUGCUGAAUCUAGAUCAAGUGAUCCAGACUCAAGCAAAGAUCUACAAACUUGGGAGUCUCAACUCACAUGCCGCACCAUACCAAAGAAACAAGAGGUGAAAGAAGGUAAGUUUAAAAUUGCUGUUGCAACUAUAGACAAGGCAGAGAAGAAGGGAUGGUUUAUUACAGAGGAUGCAAUGCACAUAAAAGGCAAGACUCCAAGAUAUAUCUAUCUUAUGAACAUGAUCAUUGGUUUCAUCCUCCUGGUUGCUCUCACUAGCAAAAUGUCAUAUCUGUUUUACUAA